AUCGUUCAUAUGUAAACAUGGCGGAACCUGCGAAUAAUUCGGACGAUGACAGCCUGUCAUGCAAGAUCUUAAUUAUCGGUGCUGGUAUGGCUGGAUUGUCCGCGGCAACACAUUUAUUGAAGAAUAACGAGACGGAUUUUCUCAUCGUCGAGGCGCGCGGACGUAUUGGUGGACGAAUCAUCGCGGCGCAAGUCGGAAAUGAAAAAGUUGAGUUAGGAGCAAACUGGAUUCACGGAGUGUUAGGUAAUCCCAUGUUUGAGUUGGCGAUGGCAAAUGGUUUAAUAGACAUUGUACAUGUGCCGAAACCUCAUAAGGUGGUGGCAGCAUUGGAGGAUGGAAAACAAUUGCCGUUUCCUGUAUUGCGAGAGAUCUACGAGGCUUACGUAUGUUUUUUGAGGCGAUGCGAAGAAUACUUUCUGAGCAUGUACAGUCCGCCGGAUGGUAUAACCAGCGUUGGGGCACAUAUUGCGCUGGAAGCAGAGAUAUAUCUGUCUUCUGUACCACCUGAACAACGAAGAAUAAGACAAUUAAUCUUUGACUGUUUACUCAAGAGAGAAACUUGCGUCACAGGUUGCGACAGUAUGGACGAUGUAGAUCUCCUAGAAAUGGGCUCCUACGAUGAGCUUCAAGGUGGUAAUAUUAGUCUUCCGAACGGAUAUAGCGCUAUAUUGGAACCAGUUUCGAAACACAUACCAAAGGAGCGUAUACUUAUGAAGCAUGUUGUAACAAAGAUUAGGUGGCAGAAACAACAAUGUUGUCAAGACGAUGUCGAUCCUACAGAAAAAUCUGAUUUUAAAUCAAAUAGCCUUAUAGAAGUACAAUGUGAAAAUGGAAAGACGAUCAUUGCGGAGCACGUAGUAUGUACAUUACCGUUAGGCGUUUUAAAAAGGACAGCUAAGGAUUUGUUUGAACCGUCGUUGCCCACAUACAAACUGGAAGCAAUAAACAGACUAAUGUUCGGUACAGUGAAUAAGAUAUUUCUUGAAUACGAACGGCCUUUUUUAAAUCCUGGUGUAUCGGAAGUGAUGCUCCUUUGGGAUGACGAUCGAUUAUCCGAAGCAGAAAAGCGGGACAUUAGUAAGACCUGGUUUAGGAAGAUAUAUUCGUUUAUUAAGAUUUCGGAUACGUUGCUACUCGGUUGGAUAUCCGGUUGCGCGGCAGAAUACAUGGAAAAGCUGAGUACUACAGAAGUGUCAGAAGUGUGCACGACAAUCCUGCGGCGAUUUCUCAAUGAUCCUUUCGUACCGAUUCCGAAGAACUGUUUGCGCACCACGUGGCAAUCUCAACCAUAUACGCGAGGUUCAUACACUGCGAUGGCUGUAGGAGCGAGUCAACUUGACAUCAGAAGUUUGGCUGAGCCGUUGGUUCAGAAGAAAACGGAAGAUAACGCAGACGAAACAGUAAAAAUUCUGGUGGCAUUUGCGGGCGAACAUACCCAUUCUUCAUUCUAUAGCACGGUACAUGGGGCAUAUUUGACUGGUCGAACAGCGGCUGAAUUACUCUUGGGUACCAAACAGAGUGAGAAGCAUGCCUUGAGUCUUAGUUGCGAGGAUACCAGCGAUCUCAGUUCGUGGAUACAAGGCAUUUCUUUAAAUUAAUGCAUACUUUUUCAAAUAAGAAAACUGUGACAUUAAAAACGUUUAUAGAUGUAUUUAGCUAAUAUACAUACGACGUUUACGUUUGUGCAAUUGUUUUUUUUUUUUGUAAAUACUAUAGUGAAACAGUUGUCAUUUUACAUCGUGUACAUAAUGGUGCUUUUUAGGAUUUUAAAACUUUACAAUUAUAUGUGAAUAACGUGUGCAUUUAUUUUAUAAUAUCAUACUUUGUUAAGGAAUAAUAAGUAAAGCUUACACCAGAACUGUAUAUUAACGACAUUGUAUAUACGAUGUCAUAAAUGCUGUGAAUGAUGUCACAUAAAAUUCGGCGAAAAUCUUUGGAAAUACAUAGAUAGAAAAUAUCUUGAGAAUGAUAAUGAACAACAGUAUGCGCACGUUUUUAUGCAAACUUUUAUUUUAUAAAGCUGAGCGAAUCGAUAUAAUGUUACUUGCUAAACUCUUGUAGAUAAUAUAUUGAAUCGAAUCCAAAGACAAGCCUAACUCUUAAGUAUUCGUGUGAAACAUAAUAAUAUUUCUAUGAUUACUCUUUUCACAAAUCUACACA